UGAUCAUGAAAAAAGGUUGUAUGCCACAUAUGAACUGGUCGUUAGCAAGUUUGUGGAAUGGAAUUUUUCUCGUGAUGAUGAAGUCUUUAAUGAAAUGGAAAUCGAGAGUGAUGAUAUUAAUAAUAACAGUAAUCGUAAAUAUGACGGAGGCAAAAGAAA